AUUCGCAAUACAUGUUCAGAUAUACCGAUAGUUUAUUUCGAUUUUGACCAGUAAUAAAGUUCUGUAUCCAGGCCCGUACACAAAAUUUCAUUUCGGGAGGGGCCCAAAGAUUAAAAAAUAAUGUUACUGAAGAUUGCUUAUGUACCUAAUUCUCGGUGUGCUUUUUACGUUGACUGUCUUGUUAUUUCUGUAACACAUGUCUGAGACAUUCUAAAUAAUUAUAUGUUUUUGGUUUCGGGUAAAGCCAGACCCCCCCCCCUCCCCUCUCCUAUGGGUACGUGACUGUCUGUAUCCGUUUUGUUUACAUCAUUUACCACAUCAAUACUACCAAAAACAAACCGGUCUGUCUGCAUGAACAGCUCAACACUUUUUCAUCAUUCGCAUUAUCAGUUCCCCUUUUGGCGAGUAGAGGCGGGUAUUUCUGUUCAAUUGUGAUUUUAUUUAUUUGGAUUUUGAACUGAUAUCGAGUGCUUCAUUAUUUGCAACAUUGGCAAUCAACAGAGACAGGUUUCUCGGAAAAAAAGCUUGCAGAAUUGCGCAGUAGACUAAGCGAAAAAUUAAAUUCUUUAGGCUACUGCUCACAAAAUACUCGCCCAGAGCACAGCCUUUUCAGUUUCAAUCCCAACGGAAGAAUCGGUAGCAGCUGAUGUACAUAUAAGCACACCCUGAUUUCAUCCGGAUGCUGUUCUAAAAAUGGCCAAAAGCAACAAAGAAUAUAAGAAGGUAGGAACAGUAGGAGGAGCUCGCCAUGGCGACUCUUUUCAAAUACACGUGCUCAUGAUGCUUUAUGCACGGAUUGCCGGGAAUAAUUCGUUUGCCAAUUUUCGUUUGGCGACCGAAUGGAAAGAUGCAGGAAAAUUCGACGACGUCGUUCUGGUAUGGAACAAUGAUCAACAGACUGCCACUCAGAAUUGGUUGUUUGUUCAAGUCAAGCACAAGAUCUCACCGAAGCAUUCGGAACUUAACGAGAACCAUUUUUUCCCUGUGCAAGACAGGAGCAAGGGAGACUUCUCGAUGUACAAAUAUUUGGUGUCAUUUUGGGACAUCAUGGACAGCGGCGAGUUCGAUGGUAGCAAUCAUGAUUUUGUGAUAAAUACAAAUGCAGGAUUAAACAAAGAAAUUACACAUUGGUUCACCGAUGUUGAUGUUCAAGCCAAGGGUGCUCUGAAAUUACUAGGGGAUAAAGGACGAUUUCUGAAAAUAAAACCAAUAGACAAAUACGUAACGAAGUUGAUGGAUUAUAAAAACAAAGAUUUCAACGACCUGCUGCAAGUGAUGAGAGAUGCAUUCCUAAAUGGAAGACAUGAAUUUGAAAUCCAUAUGUUUGAAAAAUACAGAGGAGCAUUGAAUAAUAACGUACUGGUAGCCGAUAAAGAUGUGGUUAGAUUAGCUCCUAGGUUCAUUAAAAAGAAAAGACUGAAUCCACCAGAACGGCGCUUACGUGAGCUUUUGUCGGAAGAAAAUAAAACACUGGAGCAGUGGAACACUUUGACUAGUAGGAACGUGCAACUAAUCAACGUUCUAAAAUCUAAGAACGAUUCUAUAAACACACUUCCGCGUUUUAUAACAAAAGCAGAAGUCGAACAUUUCCUUCAGAAUCUAACAAUUGCCAUCGAACAACCUAACAAUGAUGAUCUAGAGAUUGUAAUAAAAAAGCAAUUCCAAGAUCAGUCGUCGAGACAGGAUCUUGCUUCAAAUGAAUGGUACACUCAACUGAUGUACGCGAACCUACGUAAAAUGGUUUACGAUUGGUUGGACUGCAAGAGCACAAUGUGUAAAUUCAUGACCAAUAAUGAAUGGACUAAACUAUCUCAGGAAGUUCUGCGUAUUAUUGCAGAGUCUAAGUUAGAAACCCAGACAAGAAUUUUCAAAGGCAAAAUGGAAAAUUUUCUCAUCGAAUUCAGAGACUGCAGUCCGAUAGAAAGUCUGAUUUUUUGUAGUUUUCCAGUGGUUAUAUUUACAAGUACUGAUCAAAGGCUGUUAACCUGUCUUAAAGUAUAUCGAAUUUUACAAAAUCAGUACUUCUAUUAUUUUUCCCUCACUGACUUGCAGCUGCCUACCAUUUGUGGAGAAUUGUACAGCUUCAUUCGUAACUCUAUUUCGGAUGUUUUCAUUAUACUGGAAGAUAACUGUCCAAGUUUCAAGCACUCAUCUGAGCUGCUCGGGUCAAUGUUGGCUAGUAAUCGAGUCAAACUUAUUUUCAUCACAUCCACUGAGGAACGCGCCACAAAUUUCUUCAAACAUCGGCCAUUUUAUUCGACGAUUAAUGAUUCAUUGACUAACAUGAACGUUCUGAGCCAAACUAGUCAAGAGAUGCUCCUACAAAGAUCACUGUUAUUCCAAGGCUUUGAACUUACUCUGAAUAAACUAUCACUGUCUGAACAUCUUUGUGCACUCGUGAAUGAUGAAAUCCUCGAAAUGUUAAUACAAGAUAAGUCAAUUGAAAUCGGUACUGCCCUACCCGAGCUUCACCUAAAAUGCUAUAUUGAACGAACAACUAGUCGUGAUGAAUCGGAAGACUCUGCUAACGGCCAGGAUGAUUAUGAUACUGAUUCCGACGACCCAACAAGCAAUGAUGAGAACCAAACAAAAAGUUAUAGUGAAAAGGAAUUCCUUGAUCAUGCUCAGCGGUACAACAGAACCUUACUGUCAUCGACCCCAGGAAUGGGGAAAACGACCCUCUGGAUGAAGUUAGCCCAGGAUGCGAAGAAAUUAUAUCCCACCAAUUGGGUACUGUACGUAAAGCUAUCAGAUUGCGGGAAGAAACUGGAGGCUCUCAAAAAGCUAGCAAAUUUAGAAGAUGCAAUUGAUUUUCUCAACAAUAUACUACCAAUCAACUCAAAAUUCGAACAAACGCUCUUUUCGAAAUGGUUGCAGACAUUGCCAGACCGUGUUUAUAUUUUUUUCGACGGCUAUGACGAGCUACCGUCGGAAAUGAUGGAACGAGCUAGUUCAUUAUUUGGGAUACUCGGAAAAGCACGCAUUUUUGUCAAUACACGAGAUCACCAACAGGAUGCAUUGGAACAAGCCAUGGACGUAAAAGCAUUUCGUUUAGAACCUAUCAGUAAAAGCGAUCAGAAAGUUCUUUUGAAAAGUCUGCUUGUUUCUCCCGGCAAAACCAGCCGUAUUUCCGAUCCGAUAAACAAGUUUGUAAAACGUCUGAUUGAAAAAAUUCACAGUAAAUCGAUGGAGAUCGCCAGCAACUUUGUGGGUGUUCCCUUGAUGAUCAACAUGCUAGCCGAAAUUUAUAAACCAUCAGUGAAUGAACAUCGUCAAACAAAUGGAAGUACUCUUUUGCAGAAUAUUGAUCUAGAAACGUUGAAUAUUAGGGACCUGUUCGAAAUGUUUGCGUACCAUUCAUUCAGACGGCAGAACGUGGAAAAACAGAAUCUGGACGAGAAAAAUUACCACACAAUUCGUAUGUUGGAUCAACGAAAUGCUUUAUAUGGAGGAUUUGUUGAGCUUCACAAUUAUCUUGGACUCAUAAGUUUAGUUGACAAACAAAAGUUAAGUUUGAUUGUACGCAACAAGCGGAAACUCUCAUCACUCGAGGAGCAAGCAGAUCAUUUGCUAGACUCUUUCAUUGUACCCAAAUAUUCAAAUGGAGUUCCACAUUUCUUCCAUUCCUCGAUAGCUGAGUUCUUCGCUGCCAAGUGUUUGUAUGAGUGUCUGUUUUGCAUGAGCUUAGAAAAUAUAGAACAGAAUUUUGUUAAGAACAAAGAGAAAAGGCACUCAUCUAGAAAGCGUUACAUAAAAGAUAUUUAUGACUUGUUCCAGACAGUGCUCAUAGACUAUCCCAUCGUUCGUAAGUUCUUCUUUAUGUAUGCAAAAUCGAGUGAGAAAUUCCUCAAUAAACUAGAGAAAAUGCUUUGGUGUAUGCGUCCUUAUCCAUUGCUGUGGGUAUGCGAGGAAAACUUUGAGGAACUGGCCAAACGGCUCAUUGAACAAGAUCCAUCGAUUGCUACGUUUCAGACACCGCGAAAAAAAUACGCACUACACUACGCUGCCGCUCAUGGCAACACUGCCAUCUGUUCCCUACUGAUCGACCACAAAGCUAACGUCAAUACGGGGGACAAUUUCAAUCGAACGGCAUUGCAUUUUGCUGCCCAAAAAAGUCAUUAUGCUGUAGUAAAACUGUUGAUCGAACGAGGAGCUUGCGUUGACGCCACCGACACUCAACAGCAAACGCCGUUGCAUCUCGCAUCUCAUGCUGGGAACAUUGAAAUAGUCGAAGAAUUAAUGAAGCAUUCCUCUUCGGUGAAUCGUCCUAAAACUGGUGGUUGGAAUUGCCUGCAUAUCGCAGCGAUGAAAGGUCACACCAGUAUCGUAAAACUUUUGAUUGCCAAAAAAGUAGGGCUAGAUGCCGUUAAGGCCAAAAAUUGGAUCAUGUUUCUUGGGCAGUUGAUUCCAUCCAAACCUCCAGAAUUAGUUGCCGCACUGGUAGAGUACAAAGUUAUCAACGAUCGAGCGAACUGCAUCCCAACAUUACUCUGGGCUGUUCGACGUGAUCACGCUGACGUUAUUCGCGUGAUGCAUCAGGCAGAUAUUGAUUGCUGUAUAGUAGAUAGGAAGUCCGGAUUAAGCACCUACCAAAUUGCUUUAAACUGUGGAUCAUUUAAAGCGGCCGAAGCGAUUCUUUCCGUGCAGAAAAAUCUAGAAGGAUUCGAGUUACCCCUGCAUGCUGCUGUUCUGGCAGGUUGUGCUGAAUGUGUUGAAAUUUUGCUGAACAAAAAUAUAGACGUUAAUACUACAGAUAAAACUGGUGUCACUCCACUCGAUAUAGCUUUCAAACAUGAUAACGCCAAGAUUGUUGAACUUCUGCUGAAAAAUUCAGCCGGAAUAGGAAAUAUUUCAAUGUUUGAAAUUAUCUUGUAUUCCGAUCAAUGCGCUCAAAUAUUUUUGGAUAAAGGGAACCUUAACAGUAUAAGGCAAGCUAUCGACAACGAUAAUAGACCCUUGCAAUGUUCAUUUCAUCUAGCUAUACAUGCUGGAUUUCUCACUGUGGCCAAAGGAAUUGCACAUACCAUUUCAAACCUAAACGAUAUUCAAGAUCCGUUACAUUUGGCAGCCAGAUCCGGUAGUAUUGAACUGUUACAAUUCCUGAUAGAUGAAAAACAAGAUGUUAACAAACUUAAUCUGCAUAAAGAGUCUGCACUAGACAUAGCCAUACGAUGUAAUCAUCCACAAGCAGCGCGAGUUUUACUCGAUAACGGAGCUACCAUCGGUAAGCUAUCCCUACAUGCGGCCAUCUUAACUGAAUAUACAGAAACUACGGAAUGUGUUAAACUGCUGCUAGAGAAAGGAGCUGAUCCUAAUGAGUACGACCAUUUAGGACGCACUGCUCUACAUUUGGCCGCACUCUUUGACAAUCGCAAGUGUUUGGCCAUUCUUAUUGGAAGCGGUUCAUCAGUCCUGUCAAAGGAUUUCAAUGGCCGAAUCCCUCUUCAUUACGCCGUUACCAAAAAGGCUGGAAAGGCAAUCGAAAUAUUCCUAGAACACAAACAGGCUGCCGAAAUGCUAAAUUCAACGGAUGAAAUGGGACGUACAGCUCUACACAUGGCUGUUAUAGUGAACUGUCCAAUAUUGGUUGCCAAACUGAUUGACUCGGGAGCAUGUUUGGAUGCUCGCGACCACAAACAGCAGACACCUUUACAGUUGGCUAUUGCCGAGAAAGCUCCUACGGUCGAGCAAUUACUAAUCGAACGGAAGGAGCAAACGGAAGAUUACGAAUGUGCUAUCCAGUUAUUGUAUGAGUAAUGUAUAUCGUUGAAGAUGUGAUAGAAGGUGAAUAAUCAGUGUAUGAUAUUGUGCUUCUGAACAGCAGGAAAAACUUUUGGUUUGUGACAGAUUAUAGUUAACUAGAGCAUUUAGAUUUAGCAUUUAUAGUUAACUAGAGAUUUAGAUUAGAGAAAUAAAUGUCAAUUGUUAUCAAUUGUGUUAACUGUUUGGUCGUUAAAUGGUGAGAGGCCACAAGCCUGCAGCCUUCAACGGUAGUAGCAGAAUGAGAGGGUACGAGUGAGAAAGCAUUUAUAUAUAUCUGGUGAGGUGACAAACAACAAAGAACAAAGCAUAAUUGUCCUAUGCCACAAACGUAUUUUUAUUAUGUGGUACACCGAAUCAUAAUUUUCAUCAGUCCAUUCCUCUAGUCAGCUAUGGCAAAGUAGCGAACAUGAUUACAACUGGCAACAUUAAUCAAAGUUGCCUUGGUAAUAUCUUUGCUAUAUUAUUUUUGUUUACAUACCAGGAUAUAGAUAUUUUAUAUUGUUUGGUUUGGAUGAUA